AUGUCCAACCUAUCACUGGCAAGUCACAAACGGAUACUCACGCGGUAUACUAACCAAUUGCAAAAAGUUCUAACCCGAUUCAAAGACGCGCAGUUAGAAGAAAUCAGCGUUCAAAACCUGCAAGAUGAGGUAACGCCCACCGUUAUUCAAACAUGCCUACAGCAGUUAGAGGAAGCAGUGGCAGCGUUAGAAAACAUGACCACAAAGAUUCAACACGCUCUAGAUGAACUCGCUACCAUGUUCGAAAAGUCACACCCAACGUCACCGAAUAUUGAAGAAGAGUUCGCACAGUACUCAACUACUGCUGAAGAAGCCAUUGGCAAUACUUUCGAAUACCUUGUACUCCUUCAUGCUCGGAUCCAUGGCUUCAAGGCUCAUGCUGAGCUUCUCAACACAUCCCACAAACACUCCACUACGAAUAGUAGUAAAGAUGAAUCCACCGUCACAGCAGUCGUGAAAAAUCUGGAGCUACCCACAAUCCCAAUCCCAACAUUCAAUGGCGACAUCUGGGACUGGGAUAACUUUUGGGAGCUUUUCAACUUAAAC